ACCACCAAAGCUUCGCAUAUAUGAACUGUCAGAAGGCACGCAACUCGCCGCACUCGCAAUAAAACGCUGCUGCUGCUGCUCUCUCGCUCGGAUUUUCUCCCCCCCGCAAAAAAUAAAAACAAUAUCGAAGCAUCGAAGGGGGCGCAAAGAUGUUCAGAGUCGUGACCAAAAUACCAGCCACCAGGAUCAAUUCUCAGACCAGGAUUGGGCAAUCCCGGUUAUACAGGACGAUCCGACACUAUUCGAAAAAGGGAGAGAACGAGCUAUGCCCGCCGACCCCACCGAAAUCUGGCGGCGGAUCGCUGUACAUGAUCGGCGCACUGACGGUGGUGACCGGAGCGACACUGGGAUACGCCAAGUACGAUCCGGACUUUAGGGAUUGGCUGAAGGAGCGUGUCCCGUUCACCGAUGAUCUUAUCCGAUUCGUCGCGCAGGAGGACGGGACGUGGGCGGAUCAGUUGAGCAAGUUGAUGUCGAAGUUUUCGGCGAAACCGCCGCUCCGACUCCCCGCCGUCAUCGAGGAGAAAAAGAAGGACUACAACGCGCCGCAUCCCGUUUUCCCGAAGAUCGCCGAAGACUCGAAACACACCGAUUCCUACAACGAGAUCCGCGUCGAGCAGAAAUCCUCGCCCGGAGCGACGCCCUUCGUCGAGAUCAGCGGCGAUGUUAAGCGUGAUCCAUCGAAAUUGCCCGUCGACGAGAUCGCCGACCUCGAGCUGAGCAUCACGUCGAACGCGACGAUGGCCAUCGAGGAGUACAACAAGUCCAUCUACACCCUGAGAAACUACAACAGCAACGUGGAGGUCGUCGUCGAGGAGUCCGUGGACAGGAUCGACCCGUCGGUGUGGGACAAUCUGAGGAAGAAGUCGAAGGACAAGGACCAGCAGAUCAGCGAUGCGAACAAGCACGCUAACGAAGCGCUGAAGAGUAUCAGCGAGCUGAAGAAGAUGCUGAGGAGGAAGGAUUUGAACGUGCCGGAGGUGACGAUCGAACGCACCAAAGUGAACAUGCACAGGAUGGAGCACGAUUUGCACGCUGCCAAGGCGGAGCUGGACAAGGAGAUGAGGCUGUCCAGCGUCACGGACAAGUACUGGCAUAAGGUCGAACAAGCCAGGAAGCAUUUCGGAAAGGAACUCGAAGCUCUCUUCCCCACCAUCAAUCUGGAGCAGAGGAACGUGACCAUCUCGGACGCCGACAUGGAUCUGUUCGUGCUGCACGCCAUGUCCAAGGUCCUCUACUACCAGAAGGAGCUCUACAAACUGGAAACGCUGAGCGAUCAGCGUCUGCAGGACGCUAUGGAUUCUGCGAAGAACACCGGAAACUUUGAAGUUCUCACCACCGAGCAGAUCUGCCUCGAGCUCGAGAAGGAGAAGCGUAAAUUGGAGACGGAAUACCAGACCAAAUGCUUGAAACUGAGGCAGGAAUCCGAGCACGAGCUCAGGCAAAAGCUGAAGAUGCAAUCGGAGGCGUUCACCGAUCACCUCGAGGACGCGAUCCAAACUCGCGAGAUGGAGCUGGAGCGUCUGCUGAACAGGAAGUUCGACGAGGAUUUGACUGAGGAGAGGUGCAAGUACAAGAUGCAGGUGUCCGCGAUGGUCGGUCGUCUUAGAGGAAUGGAGGAAGCCAUGAAAGCGAGAGCCGAUGCUGAUAAGACCGCCCAUCAAGCGCAGGUCCUCUGGAGCGCCUGUCAAGCGCUCUUCAGGUCCGUGAAGGCUGGAUGUCCGGGCGUUGCGUGGAUGGAUCAGCUGAGGCCUCUGGAAGCGGAAAUCCACGCUGUGAAAAGCGCUGCCGCUGAAAACGAUGAACUGGUGAAGGUCGUCAUCGAGGGAAUCCCGUCGGAGGCGAAGGAGCGCGGCGUGUUCCCCGAGGACGCUCUGCGCGAGCGCUUCCUGAAGGUGGAGAAGGUCGCCAGGAGUAUGGCGCUGCUUCCCGAGACCGGCGGUUUCCUGCACAUGUACUUUUUGUCCUAUCUGCAAUCCAUGUUGCUGCUCAAGUCCACUAAUCCCAUUCCGCAGGCGGAACUUAACGACGAAAGCGUUGAUUUUACUAAAUUAGGUACAAACGAAAUUCUACAGAGAGCACGGUACUGGAUGGAUCGUGGAGAUUUCGCGCAGACCCUGAGAUACAUGAACCUGUUGAAGGGUGCGGCCCGCGCCGUCGCCAAACAGUGGAUGAACGAGGCGAGGAUACUGCUUGAAACCCAGCAGGCCGCCAACACCCUGAUGUCUUAUGCGGCCGCCAGCGGUCUCACGUACAUGUAGUAGCAACAUUCAUCCUUUGUAUAUAUAUAUAACAGAACAAAA